GGCACUAAUUUUAUGGCAGGUCAAAAAAACUGCCAUUAUGUUUGUUAAUUACGGCAACACCAACUCAUGCCAUAAUGCUAAUGGUUUUUGUGGCAGCUUUGUUGAUUGUGGCGUUUCAAACCGCCAUAUAAUUUUUUUCCCUUCUUUAACUCGAGCGAUGUUGCAUGUGAGAGUGUAAUUAGUAUUGUUGCAUAUGAGAAAAUGAGGAUGAGUGUCAAUGACGAACCCUAAUUUCUUGCCAUUAUUCAUCUUCCUGAUUUGUCAUUCAACUCCUCACUAUCGCUCAUCCCUUUGUUGCAGCUCAUCUCCUCGCUGCUGCAAGCAACGCCGUUGUUGCUGCCUUCAGUGAGCUUCUACGAUUUGGCUUUGAUCUAAAGAUUUGUCAGCGUUCGUCUCAUCACCAUCGUUCAUCUCCUCGCCAUUGCAAGAAACACCGUUGUCGCCUUCAGUGAGCUUCAACGAUUUGGCUUCGAUAUGAAGAUUUGUGGCCGCUCAUCUCAUCGCCAUCAUUCAUCUCUGCACCAUCGCAAGCAACACCGUUGUCGCUGCCUUCUAUGAUCUGAUUUUCAAUCUGGCUCACCUCCUCACCUCGGCAAGCAACGCCGUUGUUGCUGCCUUCAACAAGCUUCUACAAUUUGGUUUCACCAUCUCUAUCACUUCUAAUAGUACAACACAACACUUUACUUUCUCUUCAAACAAGUCACGACAUUGUGGAGGAACUGAUUGGGUUUGGAGCAAGAGUGCAUGCGUGUGCAAGGAACGAAGCUGAGCUCACUAAGUCUCUCAUCUAAUGAAAUGAUUCUGGUUUUGAGGUUACUGACUCUGUUUGCAAUGUCUUUGUUCCUCAUCAGAGGGAGAAGCUGAUAGACUCUGUGUUCUGAAUUUCAAGGGAAACUCAACAUCCUUGCACAUAUGGCACUCCAUGACAUAGAUGCUGCAGUUGAAAGCUUUAAAAAUGCAUUGGUCUUAGAGCCAAAUGAUGGAUAUUGAGGAAGAAUCAGUGGGUGUUAAAAAGGCAUGUCCAACACGAGGUGUUAAGAGAAGUCGUUCAGCCGAAGUACAUAAUCUAUCUGAAAGGAGGCGAAGAGACAGGAUCAAUGAGAAGAUGCGUGCAUUGCAAGAUCUCAUACCAAACUGCAAUAAGGUUCGCUUGUUUAUACUUUCAAACCUUGAGCCAUAUUUGCUUCUCCUUGAGCCGAAAAUGCAACCAGAGAAACAGAGAAAUGAAACAAAGAGGCAGGAAGCAUGGCAAGUAUAUGGGGCCUUGUUGUGUGCUGUUGGGCAAUGUAUGCAUGAAAAGGCCAAAAUCUUCAACAAUUUGCUCUCUCCUCCAACACGUGCUUCUUCUAGAUCCAAAGCCAUGAUUGCUAUGUCAACCGGCUUGAUAGAAAUUCCCUGAUAGGAGAGGUUCCUACAAAUCUUUGUAAGAGAUGAGUUUGGAUAAUGAAAAUAGAGUGUUGGAGCAAGAAACAAAGAUGUUGGAGCAAGUUCCCGGGAUGAAAUUCACACAAGAGACCAAGAAAAUAAGGCAGCUUGUUUUAAAGUUAAUUACAAAAGGAGGAAACUUUUGACCUCCAAAUCUUAUUCAUCAUCACUUAGCUAAGCUACUUGUCUUGUAUAUUCAUAUUCUAAGUAGUAAAAACAGCACUUAUUAGAUGGUUUAAAUACAUUAUUAGAUAUUAAUAUAGUUUAGGGAACUGGAUGGUAGAUUUGACUGAAUAGUGUUUAUUGUAAUGCUUGUAUUUUGGUAAGUUUAGUAAGACAAGGUUUUGUA